GCCACCUCUUAUGGGCAAUUUGAAAGACCUCCAGAUUUUAACCGUAUUUGUGGUAGACAAGCACACUGCAAGGGAUAAUUUGCUAGAGUUGAAGAAGCUUCAAAAUUUGUGCGGAAGACUUUGUAUUUCAGGGCUUGGUGAUGUUGUGCAUGGCAGCGCUUUGGAGGCCCACAUUCUGAGGGACAAGAAGUUUCUUAGUGAUCUAGUUUUGAAUUGGGGAGGAAGGCAUGAUAGUGAAGUAGGCAAUAAUACUGUAGACGAAAUAGAAGUGCUUGAGAAGCUCCAACCUCACCCAAACCUAGAAAGGCUUAUAGUUACAGAUUAUGGAGGCAGAUUCUUUCCAGGUUGGUCAGGAUAUUAUACUUCCUUGCGACCAAGAAAAGCUCUAGUUUAUCUUGAGCUUGUUGAUUGUGUAAAUUGUGUCUCCUUGCCACCAUUGGGACAGCUACCUUGCCUCAGAGAGCUUGAUAUUUCUGGGUUACAUGGAGUGCUGUCCAUUGGUUCCGAGUUUUAUUAUGGUGACAAUACUACUCGUGCAAACAAACCAUUUAGGUCUCUACAAUCGUUGAGAUUCUAUGAUAUGAGCGGGUGGCAAGAAUGGUGUCAUGUUGGAGGUGAGGAGGAUGAAGGUGGGGUUUUUCCUAGUCUUGUUCAGCUUGAUGUAUCAGACUGUCCUAAUCUUUCCGGGAGAUUAGCGUUAGACAGCUUCCCGAUGCUGAAAGAGGUCGACUUGAUCAGGACUAACCUAUCCCUAGUCACCAGGUCACGGGACUCUAAAUUAUCCCUGAAUCAGUUGCGAUUACAGUCGUGCUCAAAAGUUGUAGCUUUUCCCAGUGGAGGGUUACAUGCACCCAACUUGACGGAAAUAGAAAUCCGACGAUAUGAGAAGUUGAGUUCGUUGCCGGAACAAAUGGAGACCCUUCUCCCAUCUCUUGUGUCUUUGUCGUUAUGGGAUUGCCCAGAACUGGAAUGUGUUCCGGAAGGGGGAUUCCCGUCAAAGUUAAAAUCACUUAACAUCAUGGACAGUAAAAAACUGAAUGCAAAGAGUACACAGAAUAUGAACAAAGCUCUGCGAAGACUGACCUCUCUUGAAGAACUGAGACUUGACUUCGACUGCGACGAAGAAUGCGAAAAGGUAGAUUGGUUUUCGGAGGGCCUCUUGCCCAGCACUCUCGAUUACCUCCUGAUCCACCGUCUCAAGUGUGAGGCCAUCGACGGCGCCAAAUGGUUUGGCCAUCUCAACUCUCUUCGAAGCUUGGAGAUUAGCAACUGCUCUUCGCUCCGGUGCUUGCCAGAUUGUGGGUUACCCUCGUCUCUUACUCAUCUAUUUAUCCAUGGAUGUCCUUUGCUUGAAAAACGGUGCCAAAGAGAGACAGGUGAAGAUUGGUCCAAGAUUGCUCACAUCUCUAUGAUAUUGAUCGAUUGGCAUACGAUAUGACAUGCUAUGUCUCGAGAGAGAGGCCGCAUUUUCUAGUAACCAUAAUCAUCCAAUUAUCCUGGCAGUGUGAUAUCAGCUUCCUAGACAUUACAAGUUUACAUCUAUAUGCAGUGCUGCCACUAAAGCAUCUCAUAAUGUUUGUAGCUGUUGAACCCUCAUCUCAGUAACCAGUUAUGUGACCUGCUAAAGAAAACUUUGUUGCAAACAAUUUGCAGAAUGUGAAGAAGUUCUCCGAAGACCGUCCUCUCAGAAAAUUGUCACUUGACUUUGGCAUUGAUGAUGUGAAGAAUUGCUAGAUUCAUUUCCGGAAAGGGACAAUUACUCAGUAAUCUCACUUAUCUCAGGAUCUACUGUCUUAAUCUUAAGACAAUGGAUAAUUUGGACAUCUCAAUUCACUUGAAACAUUGAAGAUCAUGUAUUACUCUGAGCUCGAUUUCUUGCCAUCUCACCUCUCUUUCUUCGGUACACAUCAUUAGUGCGUGUGCUUUACUACUUUGCACAAAAAAUAGCGCCAAAUUAAGAGAGGAAGGGGAAGAUUGUCCCAAGAUUGCUGAUAUCGGUAGCAUCCUAUCAAUAUGGAAAAGAUAUAAUGCAGUUGCAAUGUCUUGAGGGGUCUCAUUUCCUUUAAUCAUAAUCAUCCAAUAUUAUGUCAGGUAAUAAAUUGGUAAAGAAUAGUUUGAAAGCCAAGAAUGAACUGUUGGAAUCUUCUGAAGAAGAAGGGUUAGGUGCAAAUGUUCGAGUAGAUUUUUCAUUCUUUGAUCCAAAAGGCAAUGACUUUCAUGGAGUGAAGACCUUGCUGCAGACCUACCUUGAUGAUAAAGAGUGGGAUUUGAGUGGUUUCGUAGACUUAAUAUUGGAACAGACCACUGUAGGGUCUGUUGUUAAAAUAGAGGAUGAUGAAGAAAAUGGAAUUUUUGCUCUUGUUACGACCGCUCUUAACUUGGGCAGAUAUAAGGCAAGUAACCU